AUGCACAUAGCCGCGUCCAGCUUGCUUGGUAUACUCACCCGAGCCAUCGGACGUGAAAAUGCUGCAAGCGAGCUGCGAUGGAUUACGCAACAUGCCAGGAGACACAUGUUACCACCUUCUGCCGUAGCAGGCAUGGUCGCCCGUCGCGUGGCCGGUGAGCCGCUGCAGUAUAUUCUCGGUACACAGCCGUUUGGAGACCUGGAACUGAUUGUUCGGCCCCCUAUCCUCAUACCACGACCGGAAACGGAAGACUGGACAAUCCGGCUUGCAAAACGGAUCACUCCAGUGUCAAACCGACCCCUGCGCAUCUUGGACCUAUGUACAGGUUCUGGAUUCAUACCGCUCUUGCUAUGCCACCUCUUGCCUCCAGGAAGCGUUCAAGCCGUUGGUGUAGACCUAAACCCUGACGCCGUCAAACUUUCAAUGGAUAAUGCUCGCCAUUGCGGCAUAUCCACCGAUACGAAAGAGCUUGGUCUUCGGAACGUUUUCACUGCCGCAGUCGGUGACGUCCGCUCACCUGAGGCUGCAUUGUCUAAUGCUCUCGAGGCGCCAUUUGACGUGUUGACGGCGAACCCACCCUACAUACCCAGGCAUGAAUACGAGCUGCUCCCGAAGACCGUGAAAAAAUACGAGGACCUCAAAGCUCUGCUCAGCGACCAACCUCUUGACCCAGGAUUCCACGAUGACGAAAAGGGAUUGUAUUUUUAUCGUCGCAUUAGCGAACUGGUCUCUCGACCCGGCCUUCUGCAACCAGGUGGAACGGUAGUACUAGAGGUCGGUCAUGAUCAAGCUCGUGCUGUUGAAAUUCUCCUACAAGCAACUGGUGGAUUGAAGGAUACGGAAAUCUGGAGAGACCCUUGGGGCGUGGAACGGGUAGUCCUGGGUCAGGCCCCACACACAAGGUGA